AUGCGCAAGGCGGAAAACAUGGCGGACAGGUGGGACGAUGAAGAGGGUGUGGGCAGCUCCAGCUCGCACCGUCUCCACGGCGUCCGUCAGGCCGUGAAGGAACUCAUGAAAGAGGCCCUCCACUCCAAGGAAAAUUCAGAGCUACUUGCAGAAUUGACAGAGUCGGGCCCGUCAGAUAUAUUGACUCUAACACGAGAGAAGCAGCGUUUGCUGCAAGAAAAGACGUCAUGCGAAGUCGAACUUGAACUGCGUAUGAGAUUGUGUAAAGAGCCAUUGGCUGACACAACUGUUGAUCUUGAAGACCUGGAGGAACGGGUAGCUGAGCUGGAAAGAGAAGUGUCUGCUGCGAGGUCUCGCCUCUCGCUGGACCAGCAACUGAUACAGAGGUUGCAGACUAGUGAGAUUUUGACGAAGCACUUGUUCCAACGUCCAGACCCAACUGCAGAAGACAAGGCUCUGAGAGAGGCUGUUGGGAAGCAGUGUGCUGAGAGUGGGAGGGAUCGAGUGAUGAGGAUAAAGAGAGAGAACGACACGGGAGCCAGAGACACUGCAGAGAGCUCAUUGCUCAAAUUGAGACUGAGGCGAGUGUUGGAGGCAAAGACGGCAGAGUGCAGACUGUUACGAGGCUGUCUCCAGGGGUUGAUAGUGGGCAGUGGGGUGGACUGGAGUGAAGAUGAGCAGCUCAGAGAUCUCACCAUCAGUCUUGGACACACCUCUUGGGAAAUUAGCCGUGACAUCAUCCACCAUUACAUCAUCACUUACCUUUUGAAACAUGACAUCAUCAUCAGUUUCGCAUGACAUAAUCGCAUCUUAGCAGUUCUGUUUUUGGUCAAUUACAGACCCUACAUGUUUUACUCCAAUUUUUUAGUUUUGGCCAAUCAAUUUUUUCUAUCUAUAUACAAAAUUUGAAGACAGAAAUUUGACACAGAGCACACAAGAGUUCAGUCAGUGUUUGACAGAAGUAGGCUGCUUCCCAACUCUCUCCUGUUUCCUACACUUUGUCUUGUCCGUUGAGUUGGCGUAUUGUGAGGUCGUUCGGCCACACACAGAGGGAGGAGCUGCAGAAUGCAGCACAUUGUGUGUGUAAAGAGCAUGAAUAAGUCUGUUUAGCAUCCGUUAAAGCGAAUGUGGCAUUACAACGGCUGAAUUUGGAAAAUGUUACAAACUCAACUGCGGCAUUUAAUGGGGCAUAUUGUUCAGUUUCCAUCUUUACUAAAAUGCCUCUAACACCCAUGUUCACUUUAAGCUACUCAAACAAAUGUGCAGCCGUGUUCCGUGUUCGUUCACCACCAACAACACCGUCCACUAGAACAGUCUACGAAAGUCCUAUAUACCUGCUCAUCUUGACUUUGUUGCGGCACCCCUUCCCACCCUCCCAGUAAGUGCCGGCUCUUCCCCCCACCAGAUCUCCUCCACAGCCGACACACGGCCGGGAGGAAGAGUAGGUCUGCUCACGACAGCAGAACCCACAGAUCAUCCUGUUGGCUCUCUCCAUCACGUGGUCCUCCGUCUCAUCGUGACACUCGUCACACGGGAACGGCUUCCC